ACUCGCAGGUGAAUGUGUGUACACACAGAUGACGAACCACACACAAGCGCUCUGAAAUGGGCUGUUUCAUAGGCUAAAGAUUACGACAAACGCCGGGUGGACAGCGGAAUUUAAAUCGGAUUUCUAUAUUAUAUCAAAAGCAUGUCCGCUUUUGUGGCCCAUCCUUCUGUACGUGUCAGAGGAACAGAACACACAUAUACACCUGUGCUGUGUCAGGAUGAGAAGUGUUUGGGACAGGAGAAAGGAGUGCACAUGCACUGCCCGCUCUGUUCUGUGGCCGAGGCUUACCAAGAUCCCGUUAUCCUGCGAGCUCACUUCCGCAUCAAACAUGUGGACAAAGGCAUUGACUUUGGAGGCUUGAAGGUGCUGCGCUGCUGUAUCCAUUGCGAGAUUGUGGGCACUAUUAAAGGAGAAAAACGGUUUAAAGGUGCACAUUGGCACUGUUACCGCUGUAGAAAUGGUUUCAACAGGAGGGAUGAGGCCAUCAAACACUAUAAAACACACUUCCGAAAUCCCCACACCACAUUUCAGAUCCAAGUCACACAGAAUGUGAACUGCCGACAGUAUUAUGGUGAGAGCUCAGAGGCUCAUGCUAAAGCUUAUGAAGGGCUGGCAGUGAGUCUUGGACCAGGUGGAGAUGGCACUAGCAUUGGAUCCAUCUUAACUCAGCCUUUCCUAACCACUGGCACUGAAACCCUAUUGACUGUGGAGCCAAAGGAAGAUGGUGAGAGAAAUGGUAUCCCAUUGGGUGCUGAGGAAGAGGUGGGGUCUUCCCAGAAUUCAUCUGAUGGGACUCAGACUCUUGUUCUUAUGGACCCUGAUGGACAGGGAAACAGUGUGAUCUAUGACACAGCUACUGGUAUCAUCACUGAACAGGAGACAGAAGGCUGGGAGCAGGCCCUGUUACAGAAACGACUCCUGGAGCUCCACCAGCAGAUCGACACAGUACGCCAGGAAAAGGAGAGUAUGGAGAACACACUACGAGCUGAGAUUAAACAGCUCAAAGAACAGGUUGCAAGCCUGGUUCAGUCUAACGUAAGGAUGUUUGAGGAACUGCAAGCUUAUCAAUGCCCAGAUCACAGCCAGCAGAAGGUGGCCAAGCUUCUGGAAAACCUUGAAGCUCAACACAAAGAGCUCCUGCAGGCCCAGCUGGCCUCACUCAGGAGGGAGAUCCUGUCAGGAUCACAUAACAUGCCAAUCGAUGGCCACACGGGGGCUCUGGAGCUCAGUGUAGAUUCAGAGGAGCCACAGACUGAAGCCAUUAGUGGCCAUUUAACAGGACUGGAAGAUAUGGAUGUGCAACAUGAGGAACUAAAAUCCACAGAUCUUGAACUAGUACCAACCGAUACAACGCCCUGCUUGGAGAGCCCUGGCUUGGACUUAGAUUUGCCAAACUCUGGCUUGACUACAUCUAAGAUUUUAGAGGAUAAACGGGAAGUGUCAUUGUCCCCUGUGUCAUCUAAGAAGCGCAGCUCAGCAGAUGACUCAGAAGAGAUGACUCAGAGCAAAGUGCAGAGAGUCAGCUGAGAAUGACUUGAUGUUAAAAACAAGCAUUUUUAUCACUUCCAGUCCUUUUUUAUUAACAAACUGCUGU